CUUUCUACGUCAAAGACCCAUCUUCUACGAAGACACUGUGGAAUACCCAGACCCAGAGGUUCAACACUUGUCGAGUAGAACUUGUUUCUCUUUAAAGGCAACAGUCGUUAUCGGCCAAUUGUUAGUUCAGUUUGGUUCACUUCACGUGCUGGUAAAGGAGCUUGUGUUCUGUGGACCGGCUUGUUUUUGGUGUGCUGGGGGCCUUUAUGAAGAUCGCUUACCAAUAAAGAAAGGCUAAUCUCACCUUUAGGACAACACAAACUGUUCAAAAUGACCACAUCUACAGGAUCAGGAAAAGAGGAUAUAGUCGAGAAGACUAUAGGAGUACUUGGAAAAUGGCAAAUUUUGGUCUGCCUAGCAAUUUUUUUAGUGAAAUUUCCUGUUGCUUGGCAUCAACUCAAUAUCGUGUUUGAAGCACCACCAGCUCAAUUCACUUGCGCAAACAUUUCAGCUGAACUCUGUUCCGAAGAAUGCCACGAACAUGUUUUCAACAGGAGCAUAUUCGCAGAAACUCUCAUCACUCAAUUCGAUUUGGUUUGCGGAAGAGCUUAUAUAGCCCACAUGGCUCAAACCAUCACAAUGCUUGGCAUUCUCUUCGGAAACUUGGUCUUUGGUUACUUAUCUGACAGGUUUGGAAGAAAAAAUCCUCUGGUUUGGGCUGUUAUUCUUCAGUUUUUGUCAGGCGUUGCUGCUGCUUUUAUGCCUUGGCUGCCCUUGGUCCUCUUAAUGCGGUUUCUAUCUGCUAUGGCAACAGGAGGAACCAUGGUAACAAGCUUCGUUCUUGUGAUGGAACUGAUAGGUACCAAAUGGAGGACUACUAUCGGAAUAAUGUACCAAAUACCGUUUGAUUUUGGACAUCUGAGUCUUGCUUUCUUUGGAUAUCUUAUCAGGGAUUGGAGAUACUUACAGGCAGCCAUCAGUGCACCUUCCUUACUACUCAUAGCCUACUACUGGGUACUACCAGAAUCCCCUAGAUGGCUGAUGACCGUAGGAAAAACUCACCAAGCCGUUGCAGUACUGGAAAGAGGAGCCAAAUGCAAUGAUCUACCCAUAGAUUCUAUCAAACAGGACGUGGAGGAGUUCGCCCAAAAGUCGGACCUCAAAAACAGGAGUGGGGGACAAGGUGGAAACGCUCUAGAUCUCAUCAAGACACCCGUGAUCAGGGUCUACACGAUUUGCAUCUGUUUCAACUGGCUGGUGUGCGGUUUAUGCUUCUUUGGCGUCGCCCAGUACAUUGGACGCUUGGGAGGAAACAUAUUCAUCAACGUUGCCAUAUCUGGCGUCAUACAGAUACCCGGCACAUUCUUCGCUCUGUGGUCUCUCGAAGCUUUGGGAAGAAGAAACUCACUGAUUUUAGCCAAUGUGGUGGCUGGAGUCUCAGUACUCCUCAUUGGAGUGGUACCGGAUGAUCCAACUUGGUUGAAGCCUUCUUUGAGCUUUGUUGGUAUUUUGGGGAUGGCUGUGUGCUUCCCCACUGUUUAUAUCUACUCCGGAGAACUGUUUCCGACCCUAAUACGUAAUAUUGGGGUUGGUACUUCGUCUAUGUGCGCUAGGAUUGGCUCUAUGACUGCUCCGUUUGUAGCUGGAUUGUCCACAGUAGCGCCAUGGGUACCGACCCUUAUUUUCGGUAUAAUGCCUUUGGUUGGAGCGGUGUUAUGUCUGAAAUUGCCGGAAACCUUGAACUGCAAACUUCCAGACACCAUAGAGGAAGCUGAGAAAUACGCGACCAACAAGACGAAAUCAAAUGGAAACUCCAACGAGAUGUUUGACAGACGAGAGUGAAAAAGGAGAACUCAUCUAUUUGAAUCUAAUGAGACUGAGUUUCAGCUAAGAGUAAAGCUGUACUAUACCUCAACGUUUUCGUAAAAUCCGGUUCGAUAGGAAAAUAUUUUUCGAUCAAGCAAUGAUUUUACUGGCAAAAAAGAGCGAUGCGAUAUUUUAUUUUUGGUACGAUAUUUUGACGUAUUUGAUUUUUUCAAAUGUUCUCUUUCAUUUUUGUGUUCAGUUGUAGUUUUUGAUAUUCCUAGGGAAUAGUUCUACUUUCUAGAUAUAGAAAAUCAUCCUGCCAUUAUAUAAUAGAGGGAACGAUGUGUUUCUGAUGUAAAUAAGGGUAUUCAGUAUUUGUUGACGAAUUUAUGUACUGCGUACAGUCCCUAAUACCUAUAGUGAACUGUAUUUAUAUCUAUUUUAUUAAGGACAAUAAAUAUAUUCUUAAUGUA